AUGAAGGUCCCUUACUUCCUUGCAUUCCUUGCGGCGACUGUGUCCGCCCAAAAUGUCGCCAUCGGUCUGCCAUCCGAAGGAGAGAACUUGACUCCAGGAAGUUCAACUGUGGUACAGAUUCAAAGACCGAAUUCCCUCACAGGGUCUCAGGAAAUAGCCGUUGCGAUCGGUCUAUCUUCUUGCGCGGAUUCCAAGUGUUGGACCGCGGCAGAGGUCAUGGGCACUAUUUUAUAUACCGGUCCCUUCAAGCCAGAGUAUCAUGAAUCCAGCCAGCCACCUUAUCAAAACUUCAGCGUGAACAUUCCCGAGGCCAUCGGAAAAGGGAAGGCGCAACUCAACAUCGCCCAUGUUUCCCUGGUUGGGGCUGGCAAUUUUCCGUAUAUGGAGACAUUGAACCGGACGGUCCUUAUUGCUUAG